GGGAUCUGGACAGUAUGUGGUACCUAGAUGGCCUGGGCUUUGGAUUUGUGAGCGGAUGAUGAUGACGACGACGACGACGCUGAGCAGGAACAAUCUGUUUGCCCUUUAUCUGCCUGUCUGGCCAUUCAUGCUCUUCGGCAUUGUCCAGAGGGUCUGUUGGCUAUCUAUUGUGCACCUUGUACAGAACUUGUAUGUCCUGGCCUGGCUUGUUAAUGGAUGGAUGGAGAUGAGGGAUUUCUACACAGUGGGACAAGUCAAGUAGAGACUCUACCUAUCUGGGUAAGUACAUGUGUAGUGUAUAUGUAAGUACCAGCCCAUGCAGAUGCAUGCUGGAAAACGGUGUUAAUUACCAGAGUUACCCGCCAUGAGAAGCUCUCAGGUGGAGCAACUGACUUGCACACAAUGCUAUUCAGGAAGUAAUUAGAUCAGUAUAUACAUAGGUACCUAGUAUAAUUUGCCGGUAUGCGAAUCCUCCACCAAUUUGAAGGCAGUGUUGAAUAAGUGUUGAAUAUUUAAAAUAUUCUAGAUUGGUAGGUAGUUUACUUUUUGCCCGAAUACCUAUAUAAACCCAAGCCUCGGUUGUUUGAAUG